GGGGCGAUCCGUCCGUCUAGGAGCUACCCGGGUUCUGAUUGGACGAGAGGCGGGUGCUUGAAGGGAGAAACCCGGAAGCGCCGAGGGGGCAGAGACCAGGGCACUUCCGGUGCUGAUGUGGCCGGAACCCGGAGAGGACGCGGGCUGAGGAGAAGAGCGAGCUGGAGGCUCAAGAUGCUGAGCCGCUUGUCGGGACUGGCCAACACUGUCCUGCAAGAGCUGUCAGGGGAAGGAGAGGCUGCGGAGGCUGCAGAUCUGCCUGAUGGGCCGGUCCUGGAGCCCAGCCAGCAGAAUGGGCAGGAGACGCCAGAGGACGUUCUGGAACGGCUGGGCCACAUGGAGAGGCUGGUGGCGCAGCUGAAGGACCUGGUGCGUGAGAAGGAUGCUCAGCUACGGCAGAAGGAUAUCCUGCUACAGGAAGAAAAGCAGGCUGCGGAAGCCAAGCUGCGGAAGCUGAAACUGCAGGCCAAAGCUAAGCUGGCAUCUCAGAGCAAGCGCCUCGAGCAACUUUCAGAACAGGGAGCAGCAUCUCCCACAACGGACCCUCUUUCUUCCACAAAGAGUGACCAAGGGACGCGGGAUGAGCGGGAAGAGGAGACCGAGCUUCUGCAAAGGCGGUGUCAGGAGCUUCAGGAAGAGCUGGAGGCAAAAACAAGAAGCCUGGAGGAAGCACAGGCCCAGCUCAGCGCUCUGCAAGAGGAGGUUCAGAAGAAGGACUCUCUCCUCAGGGAACAGGCCCACCAGCACCAGGCCGAAUUGCACCAGCUAGCCGCCCGUUCGGAUCUGGAAGCGGAAAUGCAGCAGAACCUGCGGCUGUUGCAACGGAAGCUGGAGGAGCAGGAGGCAGCCUUGCUGGGGCGGACGCAGGUGGUGGAAUUGUUGCAGCAGGAGCUGAACAUUACUGAGGAACAGAAGCAGGUCCUCUCAGAGAGACUUCAGAAGGUGGAGGAGGAGCUGGAUUCCCUGCACAACGCCUCUGCUUCCGAGAGGCAGGAGUCCCAGAGCCUGGUGGAGAGGCUGGAGCUGGAACUGGCAGAGCAGAAGCUGGCUUCCCACUGCUCACAGGAGGAGCUGCAGCGGCUCUCUCAGGAGCUCGCCCAAACGAGGGCGGACUGCGAGCGCCAGAGCCGAGAUGCGGAGGAGAGACACGUGCGGGAAAUGGCAGAGAAGAGCCAAGAGAUUGCUGCGCUCCAAAGAGCAGAGCAGGAUUUGCGCUCCAGCUACGAGGCUCUGCAGUCGGAGAGCGGCCACCUGCGGCAGAACGCAGAGCGGCCACCGGAGCACUCCUCUGAGGAUGGCUCUUUGGCACAGCAAGGGGAGCUCCCAGAAAGGCCCAAGGAGUCUGACCAUUCACAGGCCGAACCCAAAUCACUUACAGCUCAGGAAGGAAAGCAGCUCUCUACGCCGAGCGAGCUGGUCACUGGAGAGGACGCAGCAGCUUUUGCAAGAAAUGCCUCGCAAGAUGAGCAGCGCAAGCCUCUGGAAGCUCUGCAAGCCGAAAACGAGACCCUCCGCUCCAAAGUUGCUGUGCUGGAAAAGAGGCUCGAAUUCCCUGUGGUUUCGGCAGAGUCAAACCAGAAGGUCAGCUGUGCUGAAACAGGCAUUGAAAUGCCAUCUCAGGGGGCUUUGGGGCUGCCGUCUGGAGUUGAUGACCCCUCCCCUGGGCCUGGCAGAGUGCCUGACGGUCUGGGAAGCAACAGCGUUGAAGGCCUCUGCUCACCAGAUGAUCCUGUUGCCUUAGCUCAGCCCAGCCCAGAGGCCACAGACAACAUGCUCCCUGGUGUCCUGGACUACCUCUCUGCAAAGAAACACAAAGAUCUGUCCGUCUUGAUGCUGGAGAUGCAGGAGGCGCAGGAAGAGAUCGCGUUCCUGAAGAGGCAGCUUCAGGACCCUGCCGGAGUUGAGCCUCCGCCGCCAGGGGAGUCACAAGCCAGCGGCGGAGAAGAAGACGGGGUGGUCCUCAUCCAGAGUGAUUCGAGCAGCAGCUCACUGGUCACCGUAGAAAUUCAGGAGGAGUCCUCUCCCCUUCCGGAGACUCUCUUGGGGAAAGACGACCUCUCCAUGGAGGACAGAGAAGCAGCUAAGGAGCCUUCUCCAGCAAAGCAAGAACUGGCAAGGUUGCAUCUCGAAAUUGCCGGGCUGCGGGAAGCAGAGGAGCUCCACAAGGGGGUCUUGGAAGAGAGGGACACAGAAAUCAGGCUGCUCCAGCAGCUGGCAGAGGGUUCCUCUGGGGCCGUGGACACUCUCCGUGCCGAGAGGGAUCAGCUCCUGUCCCAGCAGAAGGAGCUGGAGGAGCAGGUGAGGCGGCUGGAAGGGGACCUGGCCGACUCGGAGAAGCGGCGUCUCUCCGGCCACGAGAGCGGGGCGUCCCAGCUGGCCCUGCUGCAGGAGCAGCUCCAGAGCUUGCAGAACGAGGCCAAGUCCAAGGAGGUGAAGAUUGCCGCUCUGCAGAAGGACCUGGAUGAGACGCAGCGCCGCCUGGCGGAGCAGGACCUGCAGGGGAGGAGCCUGAGAGGCUCUCUGGAGGAGGGGGAGCAGGAAAGGCAGGCGCUGUCAGGACGGCUGCAGGAGGCCUCCGCCAAGGCCGAGGAGCUCUCCCAGAGCCUCGCGUCAAAGGAGUCGGAGUCUGCCCGGCUGCAGGGGCUCCUCUCGGAGAGCGCCGCCGAGGUGGAGAGGCUGCGGCUGGACGUGGCGGAGCGGGAGCAGCGGAUGGAAGAAGUCCACAUGGGCAUGUCCAGCCGGAUGGUGCAGCUGAACGAGGAGAAGUUCUUGCUGGGGAAGGAGCUGGCGAGCCUGACGGAACAGCUGAGUCUGGUGGCAGAAAGGAAGGAGACGAGAGAACAGGGCGUGGGGACGGAGGAGAAGAAGGUGCCUGAGCAGCCGGCGGAGAGAUCUUCGCCCACCAGCGAGGAGGUGGAAGCGUUGCGGAAGGAAAACGAGCUCAUCCGGAAGAAGCUGCAGGCGGCUCUUGUCAGCAGGAAGGAGCUCCUGAGUAAGGUCCACAAACUGGAGAAGGCACUGGAAGCAGGGAGCGGGGAGCCUGCAGGGCCUGGGGCCAGAGUCCCAGAGGCCCAUAAGGAUGGAGAGGAAGAGGAACCCCCUGAGAGCAGCGUACGUGCAGAUGGCAACGGGCGCCCUGCAAGGCGAGGCAGGGCCGCUUCUCUGGGCCAGCUGGUUCCGGAAAAGGAGGCCGAGCUGCAGCGCAUCUUGGGGGGAAAGGAGUCCGCUGUGCUUGCGCUGCAGGCUGUGGUCGGGGAGCUUCGGCAGAGUGUGCAGGAGAAGGACCUCCUCAUCGGUGCCCUGCGAGCUGAACUUGAGGGCCACAGCUCAGCCCCUGAGAAACAGGCACCAGCCAGAGAGAGCACUGAGGUCUCCGCCAUUCCUUCUGCUCUUCCUCCGCCAGACAGCACUGCUGAACCCAGCCUGGAAGGAGAGCCGAGGGGUGCUCUGGAGGAGAGGAUCUGUGCUCUGGAGCAGGAGAGGGAGCAGCUGCAGAAGAAGCUCCAGGAAGCCCUGGCCUCCCGCAAAGACACCAUCAAGAAGGCCCAGGAGAAGAACCGCCAUCACCGCGAGCAGCUGAAGCAGCAGAAGGACGACUACGGUCUCCUGCAGGAGCAGUUUGAGCAGCAGAGCCGAGAGAAGGAGAAGCUGCAGGGUCAGCUCCAGGAUCUGAGCCAGGCCCUGGAGAAGGCCUCUCUCCCUCCCGAAGAUCCGGCCCCUGGAAGCUCCAUGGCGGCUGAAGAUUUUGCAGCUGUGGAAGCACUCAAGGCAGACCUUGAGAAGCUCAAGGCUGAGAAAGGGGAGCUGGAAGCCCAGGUCAGGCACCUGGAAGGGGAGCUCAGGAGCAAGUCUGAGGCAGCUCUGCAGCUCCAGGAGCAGGUCGGGCAGUUGGUUGCUGAGCUGGAAGCAGUGAAGGAAGCCUGCCACCAGGCCGAAACCCGUGCAGCAAGCCUUGGGCGAGAGCUGGAGGAGAGCCAGGCCGAGGCUGCCAGGCAAGAGGGUCUGAGGCUUCACCAAGCAGCUUUAGAAGAGCAGAAGCAGCUGGCCAGCAAGGAAGAAAUUGAACACCUCAAUGCUCAGCUAGUGGACAAAAGCGAGUCUUUGCGUGGCCUGCAGGCGGUGCUGCAGGAGAGAGAGGAGGCCUUCAAGGCCCUGCAAGGACAGCUGGAGGAGGCCCAGAGCAAGGAGCGGUCCCAGCGCCUGGAGGCUGAAGCCCAGCAGAAGUCAGAAGCGGCGGCCGCCGAGGAGCAGUCGAAGAGCCAGCUGCAAAGGAAACUGCAGGCUGCACUCAUCUCCAGGAAGGAGGUGCUGAAGGAGAGCAAGGCCCUGAAGGAGGAGCUGGCCGGCACCAAGGCUGCUCUGGAGAAGACCUCCCGCCUCCUCUCGGAGGCAGAGAGCCGAGCUUCCGAGCUGGGGAAGGAGAAGGAGGCCCUUGGGGAGAGGCUGGUGGCUCUUGGAGAGGAGCGGGAGAAGCUCAUUACGGAAGUGGACAGAGUCCUGGUGGAGAACCAGAAUGUCUCCAGCUCCUGCGAGAGCCUGAAGCUGGCCCUGGAGGGCCUGACCCAGGAGAAGGCCCGGCUGGAGGAGGAGGCGGAUGCCUUGCAGCGCUCCCAAGCCCAGGAGCUCUCCGAGUGGCAGCGGAAGCACGCGGAGCUGCAGGCGGAAUACGAGACCCUCCUGCAGUCGUACGAGAACGUCAGCGACGAGGCGGAGAGGAUGCAGCGGGUGGUGGAGGGCGUCCGGCAGGAGAAGCAGGAGCUCUUCCUGAAGCUGAAGGGCAUGGAGGCGGAGAAGAGGGAGGCAGAUGCCCGCCUGCAGGGGGCUGAGCAGGAGAUGGAGGGGAUGCGGGAGAAGAUGCGGAAGUUUGCCAAGUCCAAGCAGCAGAAGAUCCUGGAGCUGGAGGAGGAGAACGAGCGGUUGAGGGCAGAGAUCCAUCCUGCGGACGGUUGCCCAGAAGGAGCAGAAGGGACAGGCGCCGACCUCCGAGAAGAGCUGGAGAGCUCCAGGCAGGACUGCAAAUCCCUUUCCAGCCAGCUGGAGGUUCUCAAGGCUGAGAAGGACGCCCUGAACCAGCAGAUCCAGGACUUGAGGCAGGCGCUGCAAAGCAAAGCACAUGUGAAAGAGGAGGAGGUGGUGGCGGCAACGAAAAGUGAGGAAGUCACUUCCAGCUCCUUGAUGGAGCCCCUAGAGGCUCAGGUGGAUUCAGGGACACGUUGGCAACCUCCAGAAGCCGCUCCCGUGGGCCUUGACACCCAGGAAGACGAAAUCUGCAAAGCCAGCCCUCCUCGUGACGAAACAAACGGGUCCCUGCAGCAAUUCACUGAGCAAGUUGCAGACCUGGAGGAGAAGAGGCAGGUGGCGGAAGAGGAGCUGAGCAGGGUCCGGAGGGAUGUGGAGACCCUGAGCGAGGAGAAGAAAGUGCUGGAGGGACUGUUGGCUGCCAAAGGCCGGGAAGUGUUAGCUCUUCAGGAGAAGGUCCUUGAGAUGGAGCGAGCCGGCCAGCAAACGGAGGAGCAGCUUGCCGGAGCCCUGAGGCUGAAGGAGGCCUUGGAGGCCGAGAAGGACGAUCUGGAGGAGAGGCUCAUGAACCAGCUGGCGGAGCUGAACGGGAGCAUCGGGAACUACCAGCAGGACAUGGCGGACUUGCAGAGCAACAACCAGCAGCUCCUGAGUGAGGUGGAGAGCCUUCGAGGGGCCCUGGACCGCUUGGAGGAUGAGAAACGGCAUCUCCUGCAGGAGAAGGCAGAUGCAGAGAGGAAGAAAGAGCACGUGGAGAAGCUGAAAGGUGCCUGGAAGGGCGACAACGGCCGGGCACAGGUGAAGGAGCUCCAGGAGCUGCUGAGGGCAAAGCAGCAGGAGGUGAAGGAGCUGCAGAAAGGCUGCAUUAAAAGCCAGGAGAAAAGCAGCAGCUUAGAGAAGACCAUCAAGGCCCUGGAGUUCGUCCAGAGCGAGUUCCAGAAGGAGCUGGAUGCCGCCAGGAAGAGCUUGGCCAAGGCCGAAGAGGACACCCAGAAGGCCCAAGGAGAGCUGGCAGCCUGCAGAGUCUCGCUGGAUGAUACUCAGAGCGAGGCGGCCAGAGUCUUGGCCGAGAGCCUGAAGGCCAGAGAGGAGCUCCAAGCGAGCAAAGCAGAGGUCCAAGCGCAGCUGAGGGCGAAGGAGAAGGCCCUCGAGAGGCGGCUGGAGCGGGAGAAGGACAAGCACUCGAAGGAGGCGAGGAACAUGGAGGAGAGGCUGCAGGCCCUGCAGAGGGAGCAGGCCCGCUCGGAGGCGGCGGCACAGGACCUGCGGGAAUCCCUGCGCCAGAAGGACCAGGAGGCCAAGCAGCUGCAAGGCAACCUCAACCACACCUUGGCCCAGCUGGCUGCCUUCACCCGGAGCAUGUCCUCCCUGCAGGACGACAGGGACCGCGUGAUCGACGAGUCCCGGCAGUGGGAGAAGAAGUUCAGCGAGGCCAUCGAGAAGAAGGAGCAGGAGGUGCGCGCCCGGGAGCAGGCCUGUGCCACCUUGGAAGAGCAGGUGAAGCAGAUGGCAGCCCAGGUGGAGGACCUGCAGAGCCGCAUCGCCAGCCUGGAACGCAGCAAAUCGGCACAGGACUCCAGAGCCCAGAAGGAGCACCAGCGUCUCCUGGAGGAAGCCGAGUCGCUCCAGGAGGAGAAAAAGGGGCUGGUGAUGCAGCUGGAGGAAGUCCAGCGGCUGCUCCGAGACUCCCAGGACCAGAUCCAGAAACAGGAAGCGCAGCUCCAGAGCCAGAGCGAGAAGCUGGCCGGCCUGCAGGACUCCUUCACGAAGUGCCUGGAGGAAGUGGACAGGCUGGUGGCCACGGCGAAAAGCCAAGAGGCCGACCUGCGAGAGAGCCAGCUGAGUCGGGAGCAGCUGGAGGCCGACCUGCGGGCAUCCAAGGACCUGACGGACAGGCUCCACGCGGAGAUGAGCGUCACGGACCAGAAGAUCAUCAGCCUGGUGGCCGCCAAGGAAGAGGCCGUUUCCUCCGCCGUGUCGGAGCUGCAGCGGCAGCACCAGGAGGAGCUGAAGGAGCUGGAGGCCAGGAUCAGCCAGGCGGGAGAGGAGAGGGCAGCCUCGGAGGCUGAGAAGGUGAAAGCCCUGGAGAAGGUGGAGCAGCUAGGCAGGAAGCUCCAGAGCACCCAGGAGGAGAGCAAGCGCCACAAGGCCCAGCUGGACUCCUUCACCAAGUCCAUGUCCUCCCUGCAGGAUGACCGGGAGCGGGUCCUGGGUGACUACCGCCAGCUGGAGCAGCGGCACCUGGCGGCCAUCCUGGAGAAGGACCAGCUGAUCCAAGAGGCAGCGGCCGAGAACAACCGGCUGAAGGGGGAGCUGCGGAGCCUCCACAGCCGCGUGGACGACCUGCACGCCGAGAACGCCAAACUGGACGCCGAGCUGGUGCGCUACCGCCAGGACCUGAACCAGCUGCUCUCCAUCAAGGACAGCCAGCAGAAGCAACUGCUGAAGACCCAGCUGGAGCGCAUCCGGGCGCUGGAGGAACAGCUGCGGGAGUCUGAGCGCGUGGUGGAGGCCCUGCGGCUGGAGAAGCGCAGCCUGGGGGAGCAGGCGGAGUUGCUUGCGGCCUCCCUCUCCCGGGCGCAGAGCGAGGUGGCGGCCCUGCGCGAGGACGGGCCCCUGCUGGAGCUGCAGGCGCAGCUGCUGGGCAAGGGGGAGGAAGCGGAGGAGCUGAGCGGGCAGCUCUCGCUCGCCCGGAGGCAGGCGGCGGAGCUGGAGGAGGAGCUGGCCCUGCUCCGGCAGAGCACCAGCCGCAAGAUGCAGGAGGCGGAAGCCCAGAUGAAGGCAGAGCUGAAGAGUUUGCACCACAACGCCGGGCUGAUGCGGAACGAGACGGAGACGGCGGAGGAGCGGGUGGCCGAGCUGGCCAAAGACCUCCUUGAGAUGGAGCAGAGCCUCCUGGCUGUCACAGAGGAGAACCAGGACCUGAAGGCCCAAGUCCAGUCCUUUGGGAAGGCCAUGAGCUCGCUCCAGGACAGCUGGGACGAGUGCAACGAAGAGCUCCGCACCAUGGAGAAGAAGUACACGGCGGACUUGGAAGAGCAGCGCUUGCUGGUUCAGAGCCUCCAGGAGGAGAAGGCUCGGUUCCAGGAGGAGCAGAAGAGCCUCACGGAGCAGCGAGACGCCUUGGCCUUUGAACUGGCGGCCCUCCAGAAGUCGACGGAAGAGAAGGGCCUCCUGGCACGACUGGAGAAGCUCGGCCACCAGCUCAAGGUCAAAGACGCCGAGGUGGUUCGCCUGGCCUCCGAGCUGGAGGGGGCCUCUGGCCAGGUCAAGUCCUUUUCCAAGGCCAUGGCUAGCCUGCAGGGCGAGCGAGACCGACUGCUGGGCGAGCUGGAGAAGGCCCGCAAAGUGGAGGAGGCCAAGCUGCAGUCGGCGACCGGCGGUUCCGGCAGCCUCGCCGAAGUGCCCAGCCUCAAGAAGGCCUUGUCUGCUCUGCAGGAUGACCGGGACAGGCUGCUGGUGGAGCUGAAGAACCUCCAGCAGCAGUACCUGCAGGUUGGGGUGGACACAGCGGAGAUUGUGCGCCUGAAGGCCCAGGUGGAAGAGCAGAAGCAAGAGGUGGAGCGCCUGAGGCAGGACGGGGCCUCUUGGCAGAUGGAGCUCCACCAGCUCAGGGAGGAGAAGGCAUCUUGGAAGCUGGAGGCCCCAUCGGCCACGGGGCAGGAGCCGAGUUCCUUGCGGAGAGCAGUGCAGGAGGGAGAGAGACCUGGUGCACGAACCGUGGUGGAAGAGGAGCAGCGCCAGAGACAGGCUGCCCCAGGAGUCACCGUUUCCAGCAAGACUUUGCAGGGAGCUGUGUCUGGUCAAGAGGCUGAAACCGACAGCCUCCAGGCCCAGCUGAGCAGCACUUUGAAGGAGCUGCACCAAAAAGAAUUGCGGGUCCAGCAGCUGAACAGCAAGCUCUCUCAGGUCUUUGAGGAGAAGAACUCUCUCUCCCUCCAGCUGCGGGGGAGCAGCCGCAACCUACGCGAGAGCCACCAGCGCUACAACGAGGUCCUUGCCCGCUGCGAGGCCCUGGAGAAUCAGCUGCGGGAGCUCCAGACCCCAGUGAAGGUCUCGGGCUCCCUCCCGACAGACGCUGCUCCCGGAGCCCCCCAGGAGAGAAGUGAGCACCCCAGGGAGAGCUACACACCUGAGCUGCAGGAACUGCAGAUGAGGCUCUCGGAGGCCAGGCAGCAGCAGAGCAGUGCCAGGCAGGGCCUCUUGCACCUGGAGGAGCUGCUGCAGGAGGAGCGGGACCAGCGCCUGGCGGCCGAGGAGGCCUUUGCUGCAGCCCAGGAUCACAUCCGCAGGUUAGAAUCGAGUGAGUGGGCCCACUCUUUGGACACCAGCAUUGAAAUACCCACCAGCCCUGAGCACGCCCUGCUUGUAGGUCCCACAGACACCUCUUACAGCAAGACUCGAGGGGGCGUGGGGCUGCGGCGCAUCCUCCACUCGCUCUUCUGUUCCCGCCGGCGCCUGCCCCUCCUGGCAACUCUCUACCUCCUCACGGUCCACGUGCUCCUCCUCCUCUGCUUCACGGGCCACUUGUGAGAACAGCCCCCCGGAGUGGGGUGGGGCACGUGAGUUGUCCGGGCUGCUGCUGAGCCCCCGUCCCUGGAGAACCGUGCCGUGCUGCCGACGGAUGAGAAGGCUGUCUUGGGAGACUCUGGCACCUUGGGGAGGCUGGCUGGAGGCCGCAGGGAGUGUUGCAGAGAGCUCAGGGUGGCCCCCAGCCCGCGGAAGGGCGGGGCCAGCGGCCCUUGACUGGGCCACGCGUUGUUUUUGUUCAUGUUCUUCGAGGGAAGCGUUGGGGGGUGGCGGCGUUUACACGGUUCACUUUUGCACACUGAAUUCGGGGUGAAGUCGCUUCGCAGUCAACCUGCCGCCUUCCAGAUCUGUUUUAGGCUAUGAUUCUCACCAGCCCUCACCAACGGAGGGGCUGAGACUUUGAAACAUCUGGGGGCACCAGGUUCCAAAGUUCAU